ACACACAAACACCCCAGUUCCGAAUGUAAGCUGAGAAUUUACGUGAACACAGAGAGAGAGAGAGAAAAAAUCGGCCAGCAGCAACAUCAACAGCAGCAGCAGUAACAAAAGCAGCUGUGUGGUGUUUUGUGCCAGAGUGUCGUUUUUUUUGUCGGGUUUCGGUGUUCUAAACAUUUUCGGAUCGAACCCCCACUACAAUCGAAUCACGUGCUAAAGAAAACUCUUAUCGGAUUUUGCUAUUUUGUGCUUUUGAUGGAUAAACAAGUGUUGCAUUUGCAUUUUAAUACACGGAGUAAAUCAAUGGAGCAACUAUAAUUCAAUCUCAGUGUUGUGUUAUUUUAUCGUGCAUCGUUUAAAUCGAUCAAUAUUUUUGUGUGCUGUAUUGUGUUGUGUUGCGUUGGCCUUGUUGCAAAAAGUUUCACGGAGGCCGGGGCUAAAUGUCGAACACAUUUUCAAAACGUGAAUAUGAAUUGUGUGUGAAUGUGUGUGACUUGUGAUUGUCUCACUGUCGUUUUUUGUUGAUGUGUAUGUGUGUGUAAGUUUGUAUACUGCAUUAGUGUCCAUGUGUUUUGUCCAUUUGAAAUGAAAAUCAGCCUAAUCCUUUUUAUCGGUGGUGUGAACUAUGCCAUUCUGACAACAGCUUUAGUGUUGAAUUUACUGGACAAUUUUGUCGACAGUGAAUUGUACCUCGGAUUUCGUGAUAUUUUCAAUACAACGCACAAAGACUGCGUAUGGCGUAAUGUGUUCAAGGAUCAUAAACUUUGUACCAAAGAUGUAAAAAUUUGGCUUCACUCCAACGGAACUGAAGAAUUGAUUGAUCCAAUGGACUUUGAAUGGCUGUUGAGCACGCCACAUUGGGAUGCGGAUAAAGAGAAUGUCAUCUUUAUUCAUGGAUAUGCUGCCGGUGAUGGCAGCACACCAACACUGAUGUUGCGAGACGCUUUCAUACAAAGUGGACAGUACAACUUUUUUAUGAUAGAUUAUGGACCGGUGAGUCGAGCACCGUGCUAUGUGUCGCUUGUACAAAACAUCAAAUAUGUGAGCAACUGUGUGGCAUCUUACCUCAAAAACUUCAUGAAUUCCGGCAUGCAAAAGCAAAGCAUCACAUGCAUUGGUCAUAGUAUGGGUGCGCAUGGUUGUGGUUUAUUAAGACGAUACCUGGGAUUCCGCAUUAACAAAAUUAUUGGAUUGGAUGCAGCACUUCCUUUGAUCUCCGAAUCGGAUCGAUUGAGCUGGCGUGACGCAUCCGUAGUACACACAAUUCAAACAAAUGCCGGCUACUAUGGUGACCUGGGUUCGAUUGGCCAUUUAGAUGUAUGCGUUAACAAUGGCAAUAUUCAACCGUUUUGCCAAAAUUCUCAAAAUCCAAAUCUGUGUAGCCAUUUGUAUGCACUGUGUUUCAUGGCACAGAGUUUAUUCGAUGACGAGCAGCAAAUGGAAGCCAAACGUUGUACACAAGUGUGUCCGCAUUUGAGUAUAUUUCAAAUUGUAAAAGUGUUCAAUCCGUCCGAUCAGUCAGCCAUUUAUGACAACUCCAUUACCGGUGAUUCUCCAGAGAAUAUUGUGCUUGGCAUGAACAUGAGUGCUCGUGGAUCAUAUUGUUUAUCAGCACUGGAACGACCGUUUUGUUCGAUGACUGAAGAUAAAAUUGGUACUCGAAGAUGCUGCAGUUUAAUCGAUAUGUUCACCUAAAAUUCUCUUGCAAUAAAAAUAGGGAUAAAUGUGACCAAAUUGUUUU